UAUCGGUGUACAGGUACUACUGUACAAAUCAAUGGUUGUAUCCUGUACUCUCUGCCGUACUCGAGAAUCAGCAUCAUCACAUACGUUCGACUUCCGUUCGCAUCCCCUUUUCCUUUCCCUUCGAGAGAGACGGGUGUUGAGCGAUGACUGGUUCGCACGAAUCCCACGAGCGUGCGUCCGUCCCACGGUACGCUCCAUCCACUACACAUGCCUCAACCAAUCUUCCCGCCUCCUCUGACCUCACUCCGAAUGCUCCUCAACGAGCGAACAGGCCGGGAGAAGUGCGCAUCAACCCUCUGGCAACUGCGUGUCAGCCGUCGCGGUGUUGGAAACCCCGGUCGGUGAGGAAGUCGCUCGUCUGUUGCGAGACGGAAAGGGCUGGGUGGAUGUCUUGGCUCCUGCGGUUUUCGUCCUGGCGUGUGUGCCCGUUCCAUCUAUCUCUUAUUGUUAUCAUCGUUGCGAUGGGAAACGACGCCUCGGCAGCCACGCGGUGCCUCAGAUGCCUUGACUUGAGUCACUUGAUGAUAUCCGUAGGGCUGUGUGAGCUCGUGGCCCCCUUGGCAUGGAAUGAUGAUGGACACCUAUACCCAGACACGCACACGCACACGCCGGUCGUCAGAUACUGUAAUUUGACCGCCAGAACCACUGGAGUAUGUACGCCAGGGACUACUAGCAACGCCGUUGUGGCUGCACCAUGGGGCCGGGUUGCGAUGUUUGUUGUACAUGCGAAAACGCCACACGCACCAAAUGCCCGCGACAGCGUCCCAGCGUGUGACUCGUGUCGUCGCUGCCGGAUGUCACGAACUUCCGUUCACUUUUCCACGACGCCAUAGAGUCCUUCCACGCAGGACACACACACACACACAUCUGCCCCGGACAAGGUCGUCGGUCUCCUCGUCUCAUUCAGCCGCGUUGAAUGCCAAGCUAGAGGGUCGCGGGCUGUACAUGUGCGAUGGAGAUGGGACAUGGCAAUGCCCAUGACUCCUUGCUGUAGAAUGCCGACACUAGGGUUGAUGCUAGGGUUUGGGUAGUACAAACGCAUAUGGUGGUGAGAUGGUUGAGAGAGAGGCGAACGCGGCUCGUCACCAAACA